CGGACAGUCGGUCGGUCGGUCGGUCGGUCGGUCGGUCGGCCGGGUUGGGGGGCUCUGUCGAUCGGUCGAUCGGGGUCUGGGGCAGAUGCGCAACGGCGAAGGACCAGAGAAAACGCAGAAAAAAAGCGGUGCGCAAUGAAUGCGGUUCGAAUUCGCGGCCGAACCAGCCGCUGCGAUCGGCCGCGUUGCUCCCGAGCCAGCAAACAGCAGCCAACAGCCCGACAAGAGGAUCGACCAGACAGGGCGGCGGGAGAGGGGGAGGCUGGAUUCCAAAAAAACGCAAAGCGGAGGCCGAGCCCGGCGCAGACCCCAUCUGGAGCAGCAAUGAUGAGCGACCCCAAGAACGAGCUCGCAUUCGAGGGCGUCAACACCGGCCUGAUGGACGAAGACAAGUUACGCAAGUACAAGAUGCUGAAGCGGAAAGUCGGCGAACUUGAGGAGCGGAACGAGCACAUGCUGCUGAGACUGGAAAAGGCCAAGCAGAACAUCCAGAAGCUUCGGUUUGAGAAAAGAUACCUGUACGAUAAGCUGGAUCGGAACAAAGGUGCAUCGCGGUCAGACGGCACCUCGAACUCGGACUCGGAGCGCGAGGCUCAGCAAAAGCAGGCGGCCACUCCGGCUCGCAAGAAGAGCGGCCCAGCGCCCAAGAAGGUCAAGCCCGAUCCUAAGGCGCCUAAGCGUCCGGCAAACGCUUUUCUGAUGUGGUGCCAGGCCCAGCGACCAAGACUUCGCGAGGAGCUCCAGCGUGAAGUAUCGUGGCCCGAGACAACCAAGAUGCUCUCGCCUCGGUGGAAGACUCUCAGCGAUCACGAACGUCAGAAGUACAUCGACACCUACAACAACGAGCUGGCAAUCUACACCCAGAAGAUCUCGGACUACCAGAUGGCCGGCGGACGGGUGGAGACCAAGCCGCUGAAGCGCACGAAUGCCCGGCCGGAGAAGUCGGCGGCGGAUCCCCUGAGCAUCCCCCUCAACUUGCCAAUCGAGGGAUCCAGCGAGGAGCAGCCCGACCAUUGAGCCAUGGGACAGCGCGGCGGAUGUGGGUAUCCACCUGCUUGACCAAGCCACGCUGCUGUUGAUGUAAAUAUACUUUUGGGCUGCAUCGAGGCGGCGACUCUGGAA